UCACACUUUAGGAAUUACAUGUGUAAAUAUAAACAGGAACACAUUUAUCCUCAUGACUGAAUCUGUACGACACACAAGAAAGGAAAGCACACACGGAGGAUUUCUCACAGUCACACUAAACUUUUCUCUCACCUUCCAACCGCACAUAAUGCCUUUAUUCUUCCAUCGACUCACCAUUCAAGAAAUGGUUUCAGUUUCCUGCUUGCUGGUUCUUUUAGUUGUAUGGAUGAACAACGAUGGCACUGCAUUCCCAAAACAACAGAAGCACAUACCUGUGGCAGAUGCAGCGAGACACCCUGUUGUCCUGACGCCAGCUCCUCACUGUCUACCAGGAUAUUACACCAAAGAUGAGCUCAAGCCUCACCUUCAGAGACCUCUCCAAGAUCCCAGAGCACCAGGCGUAAAUGGCAAACCCUUUGUGUCUCAUCAAAUGACUCGUGACGAACUCAAAGAGAAAGCAAGAGGGUUUGAGAAGAACCAAUUCAACCAGUUUGCCAGUGAUCAUAUUUCCCUUCACCGUGACCUGGGUGAAGACACACGGCACCCAGAGUAUUCCAGACUUUUAACCUGUAUUGUACGUCUUGGUUUAAAUCUGAUCCCUGGUAACUCUCAGUUUGGCUCUGACAGUUGUUUGGAGCAGAAGUUUCUGCGUUGUCCUGGCCUGCCCUCUACCAGCGUGAUAAUCGUGUUUCACAACGAGGCGUGGUCCACUCUGCUGAGGACGGUCUACAGCGUGCUUCACACGGCCCCUGCUGCACUGCUCACAGAGAUCCUGCUGGUGGAUGAUGCCAGCACAGAUGAUCACCUUAAGUCUCGUCUGGAUAACUAUGUGCAACAGCUACGUAUCGUACGUGUUUUACGUCAGAAGGAGUGGAAAGGCUUGAUCACGGCCAGACUAUUGGGAGCGCAAGCUGCACAAGCAGAGGUCCUCACCUUCCUCGAUUCUCACUGUGAAUGCUUCCCUGGAUGGCUUGAGCCUCUUCUAGCUCGUAUAGCAGAGCAGCCUACUGCUGUGGUCAGCCCCAAAAUCUCCAAGAUUGAUUUAUACAACUUUAAAUUCAGUAAGCCAAUCCCUCAGCAACAUUACCACUUCAGAGGGAGAUUUAAAUGGGGGCUCAAUUUUGGAAUGGAGGAAACACCCACAGUGCAAAGGACGAAUGAGACACAUCCAAUCAGAACUCCUGCUUUUGCGGGUGGCCUGUUUUCUGUCUCUAAAUCAUACUUUGAGCAUAUCGGGACAUAUGAUGAACAGAUGGAGUUCUGGGGAGGGGAGAAUUUGGAAAUGUCCUUCAGGGUCUGGCAAUGUGGAGGUCAGGUGGAGAUUAUUCCUUGUUCUGUUGUGGGGCACGUUUCCCGCACAAAAAGCCCCCACGCUUUCCCUAACGCCAGCUCUGUGAUCACACGCAACCUGGUCCGCCUGGCUGAGGUCUGGAUGGAUGACUACAAAUGGGUGUUCUAUCGUAUAAACAAGAAUGCUGCCUCCAUUUUUAAUAAGAAUUUAUACGGAGAUGUUUCUGAACGUCGUAAACUCAGAGAGAAAUUAAAUUGUAGGAACUUCUCGUGGUACCUAAAUAAUGUUUAUCCCGAGGCCUAUGUGCCUGACAUCUGGCCAGUCAUGAAUGGGCAGUUAAAAAACAUUGGUUGGCAGUGCUUCCUGGUUGGGAACAGGCAACGGAAUCCUGUUCAAAAUGUCAAAUGUAGCAAAAACAGUGGAGCCACGUAUUUUGAUUUUGAAUACACAUCCAAGCAAGAGGUCCGGCUCAGCUCCACCAUGAGAUCGUGUUUGCAUGUAACCCCCGGAAGAACUCGUGUGUCUCUUGGGCUUUGUCAAAGGAAAGGAAAACUAACAAUAGCAGCGCCUGAGCAAGUGUGGAUCUACACAAAGAAAAAACAGCUGCAAAACCUGUCAUCUGGGAAGUGUUUGACAGUAUUCGAAGAAAAGGUGAUUUUGUCUGCAUGCAGUGAGUCACCACAUCGCAGCCAAACAUGGUUGUUCAUCUGACUUUAUGGAUUUCUAUAUGUGGAUAUGUAGCUUUUCUAAGUACAAUUCCCAAAUGCCCUUAUGUGUAUUCAAAGCGUUGUUGGAAUCUUUAUAAGUUCAACCAAUCAGUACAAUCAAAUGUAAAAGGGAAUAAAUCCUCAGUUUUCUUUCUGUACAAAAAUGCCUGUUAAAGUUCAGCCAAAGCUAAUAAGAUCCUUCCGCUGUCAGAUCAGGUGAUUACAACACUCUUAUAAGCACAGAGUUCUCUCUUUGUGUUUAUAUCUCUCUGCUGCAACAAAAGGAAACUCUGUCUAUCUAAACCCUUAAGCCAUCUAGCAUAGCCUAAAUACAAGGAGGGAAUUUUUGUAUCUCCAUUUUAUGCUGCUUUAUACUUCUAUGCCAUCUAAAGAAGAAAGUUUGACCUUUCAAUACAUUUGUCGGACAGCUUCAAUUACUUUCUUACAGUUUGCUGAUGAUAAUUGAAUUAUUUAACUUGAUUCAAGUUUUAAUAGUAGUACUUUAAAUUGUAGUGGAUUAUUUACAUUUUGUUGAGCUUUUAAUGCAGUAAAUUAUUUGAAUAUUUCAUCCAACUCUGGAUAUAAGUCGGACUACAAAAUUGUAUUAAACGUUAUUUAUAUGUUUAUUUGUUGUAUUUCUUCCUCUUAGAAAUUCUGUUGUUCUUAUAAUACAUUCUUAACCUUUUUUGUUAUUCAUGUGAUUGCUAGGUGUUAUUGUGUUUGGACCUGUUUUAAUAGACCUAUUUGAAUGUAUUCUGGAAAUGUUAUAAUUAUUAUGUUUGCUGAAUUAUAAUGUGUAUUGCUAUUAUUAAUGUGAUAAUUAUUAUUAUUGUUGUUAUUUUAAAUUAUUAUGAUUAUUGUUAUUGUUAUUAUUAUGAUCAUUAUUUGUAUUAUUGUUAUCAUUGGUAAUACUGUAAAUGAACACAAUAAAACAACUUAAAUGUU